AUGUUUCCUUGGUCUGGAACAUUUUCUCUGGAGCCCCAGCGUCCUAGUCAGCGCUCGCCUGCAGAGAUGGUCACCCAUACACUCAUGCAGGAGUUGAGCUCUUUGCUGAAGCGCACCGAACGCUUAUGUCAGGAAAGGGCAGCCGAGAUUCGCAGACGCAGCUCCUGUGUAGACUACAGCUGGCUGGCAGCGACACAGCAGAAGCCCUCUUAUGAGAUCAUGCCUGGAGAGCUGCUGGAACUUCAAGAACUCUGCUUAAAGAUCCCUCCUUCUCAGUGUGGCCCUGUCAUUCUCAGACUAAGGAAGUUAGUGACAGAGUUGGAACCAGAGGUGACAGAAGUGCCACGACUCUUCCGCCUGGUACUCUGUGACUGUCUGGAUGAGCAGAAUGAAGACUUAACCUUCAGGGGGAGAUCUCUUCAGGCUCGAGCUAUCUUGUGGAGCCAGCAUCGUAGUAAGAGUGCCUUUUCAAUUGGCCUCUCAAAGCACAAGUACUUCAGAAACCGCUGGAGCAGAGGAGCAACAGGGAAGAAUAAAGAGACAUUGUGUGAAGAGGAUGAGGCGUGGGCCAAAGACGAAGAGCUUGGAGUGCUGGUCCCACUUCAGCGGAGAGUCAAGAGUAUGCCUGAUUUUAGUUCCAUAGAGGAGAGGGCACAAAUCUGA